CACUUGCACUUUAUACAUUUCUCUAAAUCACCGUCCUCUAAAUAUUUCAAUAUGGAAACUAAAACACAUUCAGACACAGACGCCGCCGCAGUUUCUUCUCCAGUUGUUCCCUACAACGUAGACUCAAGCUCAAACUCAUCAGAUAGCCACUCGACAGUAAGGGAGGAUCCUGAACAGAAGAACCCAGAUAACCCGGUCUCGACUGGUACAGAUCAAAAACAAGAGCCUUCACAAGACGAAAGCGUAUCGAAACUAGAUGUAUCCGAUACAUCUACUACAAGUCCAUCGAGCUCUACCCUUGCGCCAACAGUACCACCAGCCGAACCUGAACCUCCAUCAUCACAACCUCCGAAUGAACUGACGAAUGCCUCAGCAGAAGUUCGCGAAUUGGCCAUCAUGUUUCCUCAAAUCCCACAAGCAAUUCUAGAAGCUGUUCUAGCCGCACACCAGAAUGAUCCAGGAGAAUGUGUAUCUGAUCUCUUGGCCAUGAAUGAUCCAACUUGGAAACCCACAGCUGAGGAUCUUAUGAAAUCGGAUGAAGCUUUAGCCCGACAACUUGCUCGAGAGGAAGAACAACAAAGUAUUCCUACACCACAACCUAUACCUCAAAUCAAUGUACCUUAUCAACCCAGAAUCAAGAAAAACCCAUCAAACCGUAGUCCGAUGUCAACUUACGAACAAAGAACAGAGAACCCAUCUAACGGUGAAACUGGUCAAUCUUCAUCCAAUCUAACAGGAAAAGAUGAAAUCCAAAAGAUUGCAGACGAGUUUAGUAGAAUGGCAGAAACUGGAAAGAAAACCGUGUCUACAUGGCUUAAUAAGGCUAAAGCUAAAAUUCAAGAAUUACAACAACCUUCAGCUGAUCUUCCAAGUGAUCCGACAAGUCAUGAAAAUGAAUAUCAAGCAUCUCAACCUGCAAUCGUUAUUAGUGGUGCAGAGUAUGGUACUUCUCCAUCUAAUCCUAAAAGAUCAAGCAGGAUCUCGCCAGCAUUACCUUAUGCAUCUCGUUACGACUCUGCACCCCCUACACGAACCCCGGCAGACACAGCCACAGGUAGUGUCACCAACAACCCAUCGCUUCCACGGACCUCGACACCGACAGUGGAACCGAAGCGCGGUGAUGAGAUGAUGAAUGUGCAUGAUGCAUCCUCAAAGUCGAAACAAGUUGCCACUGGUACAGCUAUCGGUAACACUAACACUCUCAUACCUAACAAACCUCUCACGAGUGCUCAGCGUACAAGGGAUGAAGAUGAAGAAUCACUGGAGUACACUCGAAAUCCCUUUGAGGAUGAAGAUUGACAGUGGGAUCACAUUGACCUUUGAUGUUUGAGUGUACAGCCAACAAUUUGAUCAAUUACCUCCAUACACAAUUCAACAACCCGAUCAUAGCUAGCUAGACUCAAUUUAGUAUAAACAUGAGUAGAAUUGAAACGAAGAAGAAGCAUGAUGAGAUGAAAAAAAUAGUCAGAUUUAGCACAUUUUCAACAAUCCUGAUUUGUUACUUGUAAUUUUACUCAUUGUUCUCUAAUUUCAUAUGUAAAAUAUGUAAUUGAUUUUUUUUCACAUCAUAUGAGUAGCAAGAUUUAUUAAGACUUGUAAAGACUUUCAAUGGUGUUUCAUUUAAUUGAAAGUAUAUAACUACGUCGUAAAAUU